GCCUCCGGUUCGUUUCUAAGUUCUCUCUUCGUACUCGUCUGGCUCGAUCUGUUACAAAAUGGACAGUAUCAGAAUCAUGAUGGCCCGUGAUCUGCUAAAGUUCAAGUUCCUGGUGCUGCUCAUAUGUGCAUCCGCAUCCAUCAAUGCUGCACCUGUAUACACCAACACCAAAUGGACGGACUCACAUGCGACAUUCUACGGUGGAAAUAAUGCUCAAGGAACAAUGGGAGGCGCAUGCGGAUAUGGAAACAUGUAUUCCAGAGGUUAUGGUCUAGAGACCACGGCCUUGAGCUCAACUCUCUUCAACAAGGGUCUAACUUGUGGAGCCUGCUUUGAAAUCAAGUGCAAGGUGGCCGACACCAGAUGGUGCUAUGCAAAUGCUGGAUCUAUCAAGGUUACUGCGACAAACCUCUGCCCUGCAAAUCCCGCUAGACCCACCAACAAUGGCGGAUGGUGCAACCCGCCCAGGACUCACUUCGAUCUGUCGUACCCGAUGUUCACUCGCCUGGCCAAAGCAGUGGGAGGCAUCAUCCCCGUCCAGUUUCGAAGAGUACCAUGUGUGAAGGUUGGCGGAAUUCGUUUUGUUAUGAACGGCAAUCCGUGGUUCAACCUCGUGCUCGUUUACAAUGUGGCCGGAGCUGGAAAUGUGGUGAACAUGCAGAUGAAAGGUUCCAAAACCAACUGGUUCACGAUGAAGCAGAAUUGGGGACAGAACUGGGAACUCAAGCAGAAGCUGAAGGGACAGUCCAUAUCGUUCCGGGUGACGCUUGGCAAUGGAAAAGUGAUGAUUGCCAACAACGUGGCCCCAGCAAACUGGAACUUCCAACAAACUUUUGAAUCCGAUAACAACUUUUAGGCUUCUUCGGAAACUGCGGCCAGCUGAAUGUCUGUCAUAGCUCACAGACCAGGCGCAUCCAGCACAGAAUCUCAGCUGACUAGAAACGGCCGCUGGAAGCUCGCCAAUUUUAAUGCAGGUGAUUGCCCAGCUCGUGCUGGGCAAUCUUCGAUGGUGACUAAUGAUAAACGGGGGAGGCGUGUAGAUAUGAAGUGCGCCCACCGUUGGUCGAGCAAACUUGACUGGAUGGCUCGAAUCCAACAGGCGUCUCAAAACAGAAAAGAAAGUACUUCACCAGUAAGAUCAUCAGGCGUGUAUUCUCAUGUUUCAGAUCCUUGUACCACAAGAAUCAAGCACAUUUUGUGCAAUGUAAGAUACUUCAGCUCGAAACAGAGAGCUGGAGGUAAACGUGGAGGAGGUGAGAUCAUCGAAACCACCCGCCACGACAAUGUGAGGUAUAAAUCAUCACGAUCAAAAGAAGCAAACAGAUUUACCCUGUGGUCGUGACCCUGCAGCUGGAGUGCCACUGUGAUGCUCUUUCACGCUCAAUGUGUGGCGCAUGUUCUCCUGAAGUUCUCCACCACAAUGCAAACGAUGUAUAUGAUGUAUAUUAGGCUGAUAGCUCGAGGUGUAGGCAGAUGAAGCCCACCCGCUUGACGUUGUAACUUUGGUGUUCGAUGAAGCUACUGAUUGUGAACAAACUGUGAACUUGCAAGCUGAGAUGCAGGCAAUCUGAUGCCCAUCCGCUGAAAUGAAGUUUACAGUUAGAUCUAGAGACAGACAGUCAUAUAGUUGCUGAGUUUUGAGCAGAGUUGCCAACCGGCUCUAUAAUUAGUACAGAAUAAUGGACGUGGACGUUUUUGUUCAUGCAAGAAAUGUCUUCAUUUCUUAUCCGUGAUGCUUUCGCUGGAAAGAGUCACGUCUAUCUUUCAAAGCUAUGAUGAAGUACAGGCUUGAGGAUCUAAAUGCGAACACUGGUGUAGCAAGCAUCAUUAAUAUCGC